AUGGCGGCCAAACGGUUUGCAAGUUUGGCAGCAGACGAGAUCGAAAAAAAGAAAUUACUGAUUAACUCCAAAGAAACUAUUCGAAGCAAUCAGAAGGCAGCUCGUUUGUUAAAGGCCUACUUAGGAGAACUCAAUCAAAAUCAAAAUUUCGAAGAAUUCGAUGCUGUUCGCUUGAACGAAGUGCUUUGCCAUUUCUACAUGAAUGCACGAAAACAGGAUGGUGAAUUUUACAAGGCCACAACGUUUGAAAACAUGAGGCAUGCGAUCAACAGGUACUUGCGGGACCCCCCAUAUAAUAGGAAAUUUGAUAUUAUAAAAGAUGACGAAUUUCGCGAUGCAAAUGUGUCAUUCAAGGCUGCCCUGGCUGAGCUAAAACGGAUAGGGAAAGGGAGUGUACAACAUCAUCCUGUUAUUAACGAGAGUGACCGUCAAAAACUGUACGAGUCGAAUCAAAUGAAUCCCCAAACACCGUACGGACUUUUGAAUAAAGUUCAAUUUGAUGUAAGGCUAUACUUUUGCCGGAGAUCUGUAGAGAACAUGCAUAUUAUGUCAAAAUCAACGUUUGAGGUCAUGCAGGAACCAAAAUCAGGACUGAAAUAUGUGGCGAAAUGUACAGACGAAUUAACUAAAAACCAUAGAGGUAACGACAGGGAAACCACCUCCGGUGUGAUGCCAGAAUCCCCGGGAUCUCCAUUCUGUCCGGUAAGAUCUCUUGAAAAGUAUAUUGGCAAACUUCAUCCCAGUUGCUCAAGUUUAUGGCAGAGACCAAGGGAUUCGUUUGACGAUGAUGAUGAAACUUGGUACUGUAACGUGCGAUUGGUGCAGUCUCUAACAGUCUACCAACGAACCGAUACCGAGGAAAAAAUCGCCAUGGGACAGGCAAUGGGGCAGAGUCUUGCACUGCAGAGUUUUAAAACUGUCUCUGCUUUACCGAGCACUGCAACACUUGCUCUACCUCCACCCGAAUCUGUUGGAGACACUAGCCUGGUGACAUUACCUCAGGAACAUGGUGAUCAUGAAGCGGUUGCCGAAUUGCAGGGAAUCAACAUUUCGGAUCUCUUUGGUGACUUUAACUGUGAUCAUACUCUACAAUCUCAAACAGAAACCAGGUUUUCGAGUGUCCAGACCAGGCAAAUUAUGCCAGCUUUCCACAGAUGCACAAUAGGGACAAUCAACUUCAGCAUAAACAUAUCAAAAUAA